CAUUAUGUUAAAAAAAAACGCUCUCGUGGAGAGCCAAUACUUGAGGAUUUCCACUUGUCAUUAACUGCAACGUAUGGAUUAAAAAAAAACUUCAAUUUAUUAGGAAUUUAUUGUAGGAAUUAUGGACUCAAUCACCAAUUACAUAAUAUAAACGAGUUUUGCCUACUAACUAAAAAAGCUUUAAUGUAACAUUUUCAACGUUGUGCCACAAACGUGCUGAUUAGAUCUACAUAACCUUGAAGAUAAUUCUUUAUAUAAAUUCAACAUUACAAAAUACACAGGGCGACCUUCGUACUGAUAUUACGUUUUCUUAGCUAAAAAUAAAAUGACUAAAGUAUUUCAAUUAAUUCAUAUUCCAAAACGUCUUUAUUCUGGAUCGGCUAAAGGCAAAGUAAUAGCAAAAAAAUAUGUUUUAACCAAAUACUUUCAAGGUGAGCCGAAGGAUAGUGAUUUUAAAGUUGUUGAAGAGGAACUCCCGGAUCUUAAAAAUGGAGAAAUAUUGGCACAAGCGGAAUACCUGAGCGUCGACCCAUAUAUGCGAGCCUACAUGAUAGGUUACAAACUGCCGACGGACAUGAUUGGGAGCCAAGUGGCUAAGGUAAUAGAGAGUCGUAAUGAUAAAUACCCAGUCGGUAGCUACGUGACAGAUUCAUUUGGGUGGCGGACUCAUACUAUUUGCAAUCCUGAUACUGUACGACCGCAGGAAGUUCUGCCUUUAACAAAGAUUCCAAAUGUCGAGCCUCAUCCUGUGUCUUUAGCCCUCGGAGUUUUGGGAAUGCCUGGAAACACUGCUUACUUCGGCUUGAAAGAGAUCUGCCAACCGAAAUCGGGGGAGACAGUUGCGAUAACUGGUGCGGCGGGUGCUGUGGGAUCCCAUGUUGGUCAAAUAGCUAAGAUUUUAGGUUGUAAAGUGAUUGGUUUCGCGGGCUCUGACGCAAAAUGCGACUAUUUGGUCAAAGAGCUUGGUUUUGAUCAUGCUUUUAAUUACAAGACAGCUGAUAUCAAGGCGGCACUCAGGCAGGCAGCCCCUAACCGAGUAGAUUGUUAUUUUGAUAACGUCGGAGGUGAAAUAAGUCACACAAUCAUGACACAUAUGAAUAAGUAUGGCAGAGUUGCUGUGUGUGGUUCAAUAUCAUCGUACAACGACUUCAAACCGCCAAAAGUGACCAUAAUGCAGCCGGCCAUAGUGUUUAAAGAGUUAAAAGUGGAAGGAUUUUUAGUAAACCGAUGGACGCAUAGAUGGGAGGAGGGUAUAGAUAUGAACUUGAAAUGGCUGAAAGAAGGCAAAAUUAAAUAUAAAGAAGAGGUUUACCACGGUUUUGAGAAUAUGGUGACAGCCUUAAAUGGUAUUCUUAGAGGAGAAAAUACAGGAAAAGCCGUGGUUAAAGUCAAUUCAUAAUUACAAUGAAUUAUACAUUACUGUAAGUCAAAGUCCAUUUGUAAUAAAUUAUUGUGUUAGGUAUCAUUUUUCUAUUUUCGUAAUAAAUAAAUCAACAGUU